AUGGGGUCAGCCGCCUCGGCCUUGCUGAAAGAUGUGGAGCAAGCGACGCCUGAAGAGCUGAAAGCUGCGGCAAGCGCGCUCACUGCUGAGGAGCAUGCAAGGGUGCGCGCUGCUUUUGCGCAUCUUCACACCUCACUCCAGACAGACGCUAGUGUUGGCCCAGUCGUGGCAGCUGCUGGCGAGAACGAGGAUGGCGUGGAUGCAGCCUUGGCUGCCGAGCUGGCCGAACAGGAGAAGAUGUUCCUCAAGUGCCUGCGCAAACGAGCUGAAAGAGAAGCUAAGAAGAAAUUGGAAAAGGAGGAGAGGAAAGCUGCCGCCAAGAAGCUCAAGGACAAAGCCAUGGAGGCAGCUUUCGACAACGAGCUUGACGAUUUGUUGAAGAUGAUGGAUGAAGGUGUCGAGCCCGAGUGUUCAGAUGAGCACGGGACGACUCUUCUGUCUGAAGCCUGCGCUGGCAAUGCGAAAGAAGUCGCAGAGAUGCUGAUCGGUGAAGGCUGCGAUCCCAAUUCAGUUGGGCGCUAUCGCCGCACCCCGCUGUGGCGAGCUGCCUACGCUGGCAAUCAAGAGCUCAUUCGGCAGCUGCUGCGGUCAGGUGGAGAUCCCCGUGAAUGUGACGAGCAAGGGGCACGGCCGAUUGAUGUGGCAAGCAAUGCCGAGUCGCGCGAGUACCUCGUUUGCUGGGACCCUGCCUCCACAGACCGAAUAAAGGAAGAUAAGAGGAAGGCUGCCAAGAAUGCAGAGAAGGAGGAGAAGGCCAAGUUCAAGCGACAGCAGCAGGAGCUUGUUGAUUCCUUAGAGGAGUCCGAGCGUCGAAUGCAGGUGUCGAAGAGUGAGCUUGCCAGAGCUCGGAAACUGUUGGUUGAUUAUCGCCAGCAAAAAGUCUCCUUUGUCGAGCAGGGUGCACAGGAGAAGCUCGCAGAACUAGAGCCCUUGAUCGAGUCAGCGGAGGUUCAGGUGAAACUUUUCGAAGGUAGCGUUCAGGAAUGGGAGUGGAAGGCAUCCCGCGCGAGGUUGAAGAUGAACGACCUGGAGCAGGCUAAAAAAGAGAAGGAAGCCAAAGCAGCGGGAAAGCUCCGCGGCUUCAAGGUGCAGAUCAGUUGUGCUUCUCUGGAUGAGCUGGAGUCACUUUUGCCACGCCUUGCUCCAACUUUGGAGGUGGACGAGGACUUUGCUUGGAGCGACAUCGAUCUUGUGAAAGGUGAUGCGUUGAUAAAGGAUGGUGCAUUCAGCCAUCUCAAAGCCAGUGAAUUCAACAAGCAAUUUCUGCAAAGCUACGGCAGGCCCUCACAGGAUGAGGUCACUGAAGCUUCUCAGGCCGAAGAAGGAGCCGAAAAGGAAGAGCCCUUCCCGCUGACCCUGAACUUCUCCAGAGGCUUCAACCGCACGGUUCCGAUCAAAGCGAUAUCAGAUGUGCUGCUGAAGGAUGUUGGCGGUUUAAGAGCAGAGGAUGGCCGAUGGCCGUUUGUCAUUGACCCGUCUGGCCGGACCUCCACUUUCAUCAAGUACUCCGGCGCAGCUGUCUUUAACAUCGUGGAGCUCAAGGACAUGGAACCGCUUCGGCUUCGGCGAGCCUUCUUGAAUUCUCUCAUCCACGGUGGUGCUCUUUUAGUUGAUCUUGGGAGCUUCGACACGAAGAUCGAUGUCGUUGCUGACAAGUUCAAUGACUUGGAGAAGGGGCUCUUCGCAAAACUUCUCGACAGGGCUGUUCUGUAUGCCUACCUGUUACCUCGACGCUUCAAGAGCUUGAUCGUGAAGGAGAUAGCCCAGGACUUUCAGAUCAGUGCCUUCAUGGAUGAGGCAUUGUCAAAGUUCGUGUUUGGCUUUGUGACGUCCUUCCGGGACCCAGACCUGGACUUCGCCAAACAGUUUUACACCAUCAGUGUAAAAGGAGGGGACGAGGAUGAAGCGUGA